AUGUAUUAUUGUCUGUCGAUACUCUCGCCGCUCUCUCUCUGCCAAUUAUUCUUUCUGAUUGAUUCUGUUUUUAAGUCGCACUUCGCCUCCCGCCUCUGCCCACUGUUAUUUGCUACUCUCUUUCUUGUUACUACGCGCACCUCUUCUACUUCGAGGUCUUCCACUCCUUAUGUCCUCGGUGUGGAAACGCCUUUCGCUCCUUUGGAUCCCGCUCAUCUUCUUCAUCUUUCUUUCCUAUUUGUGAUGUUGUUACAGAAUUGUAAUGACGUUGCUUCUCAAAUAAAUGUGCCUACGUUUAUGAAAUCAAACACCUGA